ACACAGCCUGGGCCUUGCUUGGCCAGCUCUUUAGGCUCCAGGUCCUAUACUAUGUCUAUUAAGCUGAAAUGCUCAGAAAAUGAUCCAAACUGACACUCAAAACCAAGUCCCUUCCGAUGAAAUAAUUAAAGAGCUGUGCACCUGUAAUGGACUGUCUUACGACAGGAUUGAGCAAGAAGGGUCCACCGCAAAAAGCCUGGAGAUGUUUUUCUCAGGCUACCCCAGAAUAAUAGGCCUGUCACAUUUCCCCAAUUUAACAAGACUGACUCUUGUGAGGCAGAGCAUCCAAAAGAUUUCUGACCUGGAGAACUGUCCGCUACUGAAAGAGCUGUGGGUAGCUGAGUGUUGCUUGACAAAAAUUGAUGGUUUGCAAAAAUGUGUGCUUUUGCAAAAGCUUUACCUCUACUGCAAUAUGAUUUUGGCUAUUGAAAAUCUGGAGAAGCUAACAAAACUGGAGGUUGUUUGGCUUAAUGGGAACCAGAUUAAAGAAAUAGAGGGCCUGAACACACUGCAGAAAUUGAAGGAGCUCAAUCUAGCCGGGAAUUCCAUUAGUAAAAUUGGAAAUCGUUUGGAUCCCAGUAGUAAAAUAGAAAAAUUAAACCUGUCUGGUAACAAAAUAGGCUCCUUCAAGGAAAUUACCAAUCUGGCAAGGCUACCUCAUUUAAUAGACCUGUGUCUCAAUGACCCCCAAUAUGAUUCCAACCCGGUUUGUCUUCUUUGCAAUUAUGCGACACAUGUGCUGUAUCAUAUUCCUCAGCUUCAGAGGCUCGACACGUAUGAUGUAUCCUCUAAACAGAUCAAGGAGCUGGCAGACACGACGGUGAUGAAAAAAGUGAUGUACUACAACAUGCGGAUCAAGAGCGCUCACAGGCACCUGAAUGAGGAGCUUGAAAAGCUGAGAGAGAGGAAGUGCAAGCUGCAGAAGUUGCCGGAAGAUCGCAUUAAACAUUUCAGCUGUAACAUCAAGCACCUGGAGCGCGAACUGGCAGAACUGCAGGCAUCUGGCAAAAUACACGCUAGCAAAGCGGUUUCGAGCCGAAACUUUGAAUGCGAAAAAUCGGAUGAGGAAGCUGAGAGUCCGGAUGACGCCCCGGAGGAAUCCCGUCCUGAGCAGCGGUUUCAGCAUAAAUUAGACGCUCUCAAAAGGAGGAUAAAUUUCUGGAAUAAAAAACUAGACGAGAUUGAAGCAAUUUACCAAGUAGAAGUCAAGAAGAAGAAGAAAAGCAGCAAUUUGGCAGUGCAGUUUUUGCUUACGGAGCUGGAAACAGUGGGAAACACGCGCUUCGAAGAAGGCUUGCCGAGCGAUGUCUGGUUUAAUUCCUGCUAUGAGCUAAUUCUAGCCCGAUUUUGUGCCUGGGACUUCAAACCCUACGGCAUCACGGGAGUGAAAGUAAAUCGAGUCAUUAGGGUGCACAACCGGAUGUUGAGGCUGAAAUUCGAGGAGAAGUUCCAAGACUUUAUGGACAAAGAAGAUUUAAACGAGUCAAUAAAUUACAAGAAGAUGCUGGACUAUCUUUUCUAUAUAUCUCCUGCUGAAGCGUCCUUGAAGAAAAAACAAUUGAUCCAAGUGAUAGAGGAAGGCUUCCAGGAAACCAAAAAGGCAUCUGGAGGUGAAGAAGCCGUUCUGCUCUCAAAUAGCCUAAGUAUCUGUGAAUGCCCAAGAAUCGAAUAUUUGCAAAAGCAAGUCAGAAGUAACGGGGACUCUGAGGAUCUGUUCAGGCACGGGAAACUCGUAAUUGCAAAAGUCUUUCUUGGACUCAGCGCUCCAGCUCAUAAUAUGGAUCCAGUUAUCCAGAGCAAGUAUCCUGGGAUCAAUUCUGUUUACCGGCCACGCAGACCCUCCCAAUACGCCUCCUGCAUAGCCAGCACUGGGGCUCUGCCUCAUCAAGAGAAACCAAAGCCUCCAGAAGUCUGCUCUUCUGUGGAGUUCAAGAACUGCGAUUGCAACCUCCGACAGUGUGAGUGGUUUGUGUUUGAUCACGAGCUGGUUUUGCCAGAGUACGUCGUUGAGUUUGAGUACAUCACAUUGCUCAAAGUGGAGGCUCUGUUCUCCUCACUCAGCAAUGUGAUCGGGGAGGAAGGAAGGAGAAACGUGGCCGGUUUUGUGUCGUCUCGGGACCUGCAGCGCGACGACGAAGUUUUAAGCAUGGAGCCUGUAGUUAAGCCCAAGCCUAAAAUCGUUUGUUUGGAUGAAAAAACCGUGUUGGCGGUUGCAAAGGCCAACAUUUACAGUCAGAUCAUGGUUCUGAACCUGCACGGGAAUAGGCUGAGCAAACUCCGAGACAUCUCCAAGCUUACUGGUCUGCGCAAGCUUAUCGUCAGCUUUAACGAAUUCACUUGCUUAGAUGACGUCUACCACUUGCCAAACCUGGAGUAUUUUGAUGCCAGCCAUAACCAUGUCAUCACCCUGGAGGGCAUUAGGGGACUCAACAAGCUGAAGCAUUUGGACUUGAGCUGGAAUCAGUUGAAAAAGGCGGGGGAAGAAAUCGGCGUCUUACGGAAACAUACCCCGAUGGUGCACAGUUUGGAUAUCAGGCAUAACCCGUGGCAUAAGCCAGCCUCUGUGCGGUUAAGCGUCAUAGGCCAGCUGAGGGCUCUGACGCACCUUGAUGGGAUUUUGAUCACUGAGGACGAGGCAGCGGCAGCGAUUCAGUACAUGGCGGACUCCAAAAUCACUCAGGUGUCGCUGGUGGAGCAUUCUCGGACAGACCAAGAGAAACUGCGCAUACUUAGCGUCCUGCCUUAUGCCAAAAUCCUGAGCCAGAUUAGCGAGAACAAAGUGGACGUAUGUCAGAACAACUGGUUUUCAAAGAUCACCGUGUUAGAUCUAGAUGGGCAACAUCUCUGCAAAAUCAGCGGUUUGGAAAAGCUGGAGAGUUUGCGGUGGGCCUCCUUCUGCAACAAUAAUCUCACUAAAAUAGAAGGGCUGGACCAUUGCCAUAAACUGGAGGAGCUCAUACUCGAUGGAAACUGUAUCGCAGCCCUCGACGGAGUUGCAAAACUCUCCAAACUCGUGCGACUGAGCGCCAACAGCAACCACCUCACCAGCCUGGAGAGAAAUGUUUUCGAUAACCUAACGCACCUCCAUUAUCUCUCCCUCGAGAACAACCGGAUCACGUCGCUGGGAGGCUUGCAAAAAGCCUACGCUCUUGUGGAGCUCUACAUAAGCAACAACUAUGUGUCCUCCAACCAAGAAAUUUAUCAACUAAAGGGGCUAAACAAUCUGGUCAUUCUGGAUAUGUAUGGAAAUCUGAUAGUUUGGAAGCAAGAAAACUACCGGCUCUUUGUCAUUUUCCAUAUCCCAUCUCUGAAAGCUUUGGAUGGCGUUGCCGUGGAAGCAACUGAAGUGGAAAAUGCUAAAGAUUUAUUUGGUGGCAAACUUAACGCUGAUAUGGUGGCCGAAAGACUGGGACAUUCAAACUUCAGCAAAAUGCAAGAAUUAAACUGGACCGCCUCUAUGAUCAGAAUGGUAGAUCUUGUGCCAGCAGACCAGUUUAAAAACAUCACCAAUGUGAAUUUGCAGAACAAUAACCUCACCUCUUUCAGCGGUUUGGUUUUCCUCCCUAAUGUCAAGGUUCUGUGCCUAAACUACAAUCACAUUGAGUCGAUCGUCCCCAGACAAAAGCCUCCAAAUCACCUAACAAACAGGCAGCUGCUGUAUCAGAAAGUGACGUCCAGCGGCUACGGACAGCAAGGAGCUUCCAAAGGCAACAGGGAUAUGGGAUUUGGCGAAAUGUUGCCUCCGAUAAUGGAGAGUUUAGAAGUUCUCCAUUUGGGCUACAACGGAAUUACCAAUUUGGUCUUGCUCCAGAUUAGCAGGCUAAAAAAUCUGAAGUUUCUGUUUUUGCAGGGCAACGAAAUCAGCCAGAUUGAAGGUCUCGAGGGCCUGCAGCUUCUACAGGAAUUGGUGCUGGAUCAUAACAAAGUUAAAACGAUCCAUGAGAAUUCCUUUGCCAAACAGAGCUGCCUGGUGGCUCUUCACCUGGAGGAAAACCGGCUGCGAGAACUGAAUAAUUUCCAGCCCUUGGGGAAACUUCAGAAGCUUUUCCUCGGCCUCAAUCGCAUUCAGGAUUUGUCGGAACUUGAAAAACUUGAUUGUCUUCCUUGCAUUAAAGAGCUCUCGAUAUAUGGCAAUCCUGUGUCGCGCAAGAUUUGCCACCGCCCGCUUCUAGUAUUCCGCUUACCUAACCUUCAGGUGUUGGACGGAGUAACUGUCAGCCCAGAAGAGAAGGCGAGGGCCGAAAUCCAUUUGCUAGAACAGCAAGUCUUUCCUCCUGCUAAUUCUCCAAUCGACUGUGGAUUCCCCGGACUGCAAACAACUUUCCCCAAACCAUGUGCCAUGAGGAUAGCCAACAUGAACUUGAUUGGAGGUGUGAACCAUUUGUACGCAGCCGACUUUUUCUUUCCUCAUAUCACUGAUGAGGUGUUUGGGAGUGAAACUAACAAAAGUAAGAAAUCAAAGAACGUAGCAGUGGGAUCAAGUAACCCUCGGAGCAUCCAUGCAGAAGCAGCCAUGAGGCAAGCCAGGGGUGCAUCCGCUAACCUCCCAAGCCAUGGGACAUCACAGAGCGGCCCCUCCCGGACGACCUAAGCUGACCUCUCCAUCGAGGAAAAUGAAGAAAAGUGGACAAUAGCGCUGCCUGACUGGAUGACGUGUAAAUUGCUGUGGGAGCAAAUGGACGCUAAUUUAAACGUUGAUCUAAAUUU